AUGAGGUAUCCCCUGGUUCCUCUGGUGAACGAGCUGACCUUUCCUCUUCUUUUCUUCUGGUUCUGUUUGCCCUUCGUAAUUCUGUUGAUCGUAAUCAUUAUCUGGCUACAGCUUCUACUAAAUGAAGCACAGUUACCCAGCACAGAAGAAUUAAAGAAACACUCUUCUGAUGAGCCUGAUUCUGACUCUAGAUUUGAGGAUGGACCAACAGAGGAGGAAAACCAGAACAACACGUCCAGUACAGGAAUGGAAGAGGAGAUGCAGUCCGGUGGAUUUGGGGGAAGACUGAGGCCCAAGCCAGCUUAUCUGAGUUCGAACCCAAAGAGCCAAAAGCAAAGUCUUUUUGCCGUCAUUUCAGACAGCUGGUCUCAGAGCCAGAAGAUAAGAUAUUCUCACACUGAGAAGAGCAAUUUCUGUAACAUCAUGAUGCUGUUGUGCACCAUGCUUUCUUCUCUCACCUGGAACUUUGCCUGCCACUUGCUCCAGAUCUCUAAUGUCCUGCUGAUUCAACUGCUGCCAUCCUCUCUGAUUAUCUACGUGGCUCAGCUCUUCGUUUUGCUGGGUGAAAAAGUUGUGAAAAUCCUGGGCUCCCUGAGGCUGGAGGGCAGAGGGCUGUGGGCUUCAUUCUGGGGGAGGAAGCAGGAACAGAUUGAUGAUGCUCCAAAAGCCACCUCAGGGGGGAAAUAA